AUGGAUAGAAAGGAAAUUGAUGCGGGCUAUGAGAGGUUUGGUUUGCUAUCAUAUUCGGCGAGCAUGCUUCACUCAAGUUGUGUUUCUGUCGACGAAUCCAAAGGUUGUGUGGAAGUUAAAUUAACAAAAAAAGGUUUUGUGGGUGACUCUGUCGUCUACACCUUUGAUACUGCUUAUGGUCCACGCUCAUCCCAAAGAGAAUUGUAUGAAAAAUCAUUUUAUGAUAUUGUGCAAAGUGUUCUCCUGGGAUUUAAUGGGACUAUAUUUGCAUAUGGCCAGACUGGCACUGGGAAAACCUUCACUAUUCAAGGUUGUUCAAAUAUGAUGAACCGAACACACAUAGGUGACAAAGAUGAUCCUGACUUACGUGGACUCAUGCCGAACUCAUUUCAUCACAUCUUUAACUAUGUUAGUGGAUCAAAAUCGACCCAGUUCCUGGUUCGGGCUAGCUAUCUUGAAAUAUACAAGGAAGAAAUACGUGAUUUACUUAGAAAAGAUUCGACAAAACGACUAAAGGUAAAAGAAACUCCGGAUCGAGGGGUUCAUGUCACAGACCUUUCAACUGUGUUAACAAGGAACAUCAAAGAGAUAGAAAAGCUUAUGAGUAUUGGCCACAGUAAUCGGUCCGUUGGAGCUACGAUUAUGAAUGAACAAAGCUCUCGAUCUCAUGCCAUCUUUAUCGUCACAGUUGAAAGCUGUGAGGUUGAUCCUGAUGGUCGGAGUCAUAUUCGAAUGGGAAAACUUAACUUGGUUGAUCUAGCAGGCAGCGAACGCCAGGGCAAGACCCACUCCGAGGGCGAGCGCCUUAUCGAAGCCACCAAAAUCAAUCUCAGCCUGCAUACACUAGGAAAUGUUAUUUCUGCCUUGGUGGAUGAAAAGUGUACUCACGUGCCCUAUAGAGAUUCGAAACUUACAAGACUGCUUCAAGGAGGUAAUUCGAAAACCAUUAUGGUUGCCAACAUUGGACCGUCUUCCUACAGUUACGACGAGACGGUAAACACACUGAGAUAUGCUAGUCGAGCGAAGAAUAUUAAAAACACCCCUAAGAUCAACGAUGACCCUAAGGAUGCUCUGCUUCGGGAGUACCAACGGGAAAUCCAGCACCUAAAGCAACUGCUCAGUUCUCGCGAGAUGCCACCGAUGCAUCUGAAGCCCAGUAAUGGGGCAGGUGGUCCCGAUGAAACUGACGGAGGUGAGGAAGACUCUGCCACAGGCAGAGAUGCUUACCUGAGGGAGCUGCAGGAGAAGUUGGCCGUCGAAAAAGGGGGGAUUAUCAAUGAGCAAAAUAUGAUUGCUGAGGAAAAAACUCACCUGCUUGAAGAGUUAAAGAGGAAGGAUAUACGAAUAAGGAAGGAGCAGGCACAGACAGCGGAACUGGAGGCAAAGUUGCGCAGCCUCGAGUCUAAGCUCCUCGGCGGUGGGACAGAGGCUAGGGUAGCAGCGGUGGAAGCGCAAACGCGUAUGCAAGAGGAGGCGCUAGUGCAGCACCGUCGGCGCCUGGCCGCUCACCAGCACCAUGAACACCGAAUGCGUGCUCGUGUCCGUGCCGAGUCAGACAAUGUGGCGACGCUUCAAGAGGGCUUCUCCUCCCUUCGUUACGAGGUCGAAGUCUGCACUUCCAAGUUAAAGAAACUAUUUGAACGCAUCCAGAAAAUUAAAAAGGAGACAAAGGAUCUGCAGGAUGAGCACAUUAUUGAGAGACAGAAGCAGGAGGAAAUUCAAGGGCAAAUUUUGAGGAAUAUGAAGCUGCAUCAACUGAUUUUGGAGAACUUUGUGCCUCUCGACGAUCAAAAAAGACUUGAGGAACGCGCCUACUUCGAUGAGGAAGUCGGGGUUUGGCGAUUUAACCCCGCAGAUUCCGCAGCACGUCCUGCUGAGGGCUUCACCACGACUGUGCUCUCGUUCCCGCCGUCUGCCUUGGGUCGGCGUCGAUCAGUCUGUCGGUAUGCCUGCCUAGCCGCGCGUCUGAAUACGAGUAUGCGGUUUCGUGGGGAGAACAUUCUUCACCUGAACCUUGAUCCACUUCCACGGACCACCCUGGACUACGAGCCCCCUAAAUUGGCGCCACAGAUCGUGGCUGCUCUCGAGGCCGCUUUACAGGAUGAGGAGGAUCUGGAACUAGACGGGAGCUGGUGUCACUGUAGUGAAUUUAGAACAAUUCCGAUUUAUAUUCAUGGUGUCUCCAAUUUACAGCCGGAUGUUGUAAAACUUUAUCCUAUAGAAUGCGAAAAAUGA